CCAACUGCAGUCAUUGUAAUUCGAAACUAAAAAAUUUUCAAUAAAUUUGUUAAAAAACACAAUGAACUUAUGUUUUAUUUUUUAAUUAUUUUCGUAAAUUUAUCAAAUUAUUGAGUAAUUAUGUUUAAAGAAAAUUUUAUAGAGUACAAAAAAACAAUUGACAAAUUUUUAAAAAAGAAAAAUGUAAGAUAUGGGCUCCCGUUUAUAUUGUUUUGUGUUUGCGCAUCUUUUGGAAUGACGUCAGUCACAGAAUUGAGGUACAAAUAUCGAUCAGUUAAAACAGUGAGAGAAGAAGCAAAACAAGAAGGAUUGAAAUUGAAAAAACCUGAGGAAACUACAUUAGAAGCGCAGUAUGAAAUAAUUAAAAAACAGGUCGAUAUCGAUAACUGGGAAAAUAAGAGGAUUGAUAGGCCUUGGGAAGAAAGCGAGGAAAAUGCUGAAAAAAAAUAAAUAUUUUAAUUAUUUACUUUGUAAAAUAAUGUAUAGUAAGUACUUUGAUAAAUGUAUUAUAUAAUUGAACGUAAUUAAAAAAUAAUAGUUGUGAUAAUA